CAACAACGAUGGACGACGAAGCCGCUUCUCUUGGUCCACUGAGGGACAACUUUAGCUUUAAAAAACGUCCUGAUGGGACUUUCGAAAAGACUACUGUUGUAUGCAAGUUGUGCAAAAAGGAGUUUGCUUAUCACCGAAGCUACUCAAGCCUAAAAUACCAUCUCAAUGCAAAACAUGUUGCGGCAAGCACAGCCGUCCCCACAGCUAAUUUCAGCGUCCCCAGCAGCGGUACAAAUAAACGCUCCAGCCAGCCCACAUUGGACCAGAUGACAGGUUUCAGGGCCAAAAUAAGUAAGUCUACGUCUGAAAAAUUAAGCAACUCCCUGGCUAAAUGGAUCGCAACAGACUGUAGACCGCUUUCGGUGGUAGAGGAUAGGGGGCUACAGUCUGUGUUACAGAUAGCGACAUCAGACCCUGCUUACGAACUCCCGUGUAGGAAAACCAUGGCGAGUAAGAUUAGGCAGCUUUAUGACGAAAAGCAGUCAAAACAAGACAUAUUGAAUGCAGUUGAUUGUGUUGCAUUGACAGGGGACCAUUGGACUUCCGUCAGCAAUUCUAACUACCUUGGCGUGACCGCGCACACAGUAUGCGUUGUUAACAAAGUAUGGCAAUUAGCAUCUUUCGUCCUCACUGUAGAAAAAGUCAACAACAGACAUUAUGCAGUAAACUGCACAGACCAUUUUUUUUCUGUAGCUGAGUCCUGGAAAAUUGAGCAAAAGGUUACAACAAUUGGCACCGAUUGUGCCAGAAACAUGAUGGCAGCAGCAAGACAGCUCCCAUUUCAGCACAUGCCAUGUGUUGCGCAUAUUUUGCAGAGAUCCAUCACUGUGUGCCUGGACAGUUGUGGAUUUAAUGAUGUACUAGCAAAGUGCCGCAAGAUUGUGUGUCAUUUCAGACACAGUCCAGCCAACACAAUGGAACUGUAUAAAGAGCAAAGGGCACUUGACCAGGAAAAUGAACCCCUAAUCCAGGAUGUUUCCACAAGGUGGAACUCCACACUGUUUAUGAUCCGUCGUCUUCUCAAAAACAAAGAGGCAGUAAAGGCUACUCUGGACAAACAGAGGCACAAACUGGUCUUAUUAUCAGCAGCAGAGUGGACAAAUCUAGAGAAGUUGGCAGCCAUCCUUGAACCAUGCAGACAUGUGACUGAUCUUCUUGGUGGAGAGACUUACGUCUCAUGUUCUGCGGUCUUGCCUGUCCUACGAUUCCUGGACCACACUAUGAAGGUCUCUGAUGAGGAUUCUACCUACAUUGUGAAAUUCAAGACGGAAAGCGGAAAGCUGCACUUAAUUAUGAUUGGCUCAAAAUGGCUACAGUGCUUGACCCUCGCUUUAAGGACUUAAAGUGUCUUCCAAGAGAAGAGCGAGAAGCCGUGUGGAAAAAGCUUGAAGAACUCCUUCAAGAUGGAUCUAUAAAAGCUACCUCUGAGCCCACAGAUAAGCCACCAAAAAAGAAAGGCCUCUUGUGCUUUUCUUCUGACUCUGACUCUGAUUCUGAUUCUGAUGAUGUAGGGUCUAAUGCCUUGAGCCUCUAUAAAGCAGAACAGACAAUCAGUGAGACAGACUGCCCACUACAAUGGUGGUCAGCACAUGCAGGGGCACAUCCACAGCUCUCCACUCUGGCUAGAAAGUACCUAGCAAGCCCUGCCACUUCUGUCCCAUGUGAGAGGGUGUUCUCACUUGCUGGGAACAUCAUCCAGAAGAAAAGAGCAGCCUUAAGCUCUGAAAAUGUGAACAGGCUAGUUUGUCUCAGUAACUGGCUCAAGGAGAAAAAGUAGCCUCAGUGUUAUAUGUUUUGGUUGUACAAAAAUAUUGCAGGUUGAAUGUUGUGUUAAAUUCUAUGCUCUUAAAUGCAAUAUGUAGUUUUGCCAUAAUUCUGUUGUUACUUUAGAAAUGGCACUUUAAUUUUUGUUUACACCAGAUGUUAAACUCUCACGAGUUGCAAUAUUGUAUAGUUGUUUUAUUUCUUUUUACAGUUCUGUACAAGAAAUGGUGCUAUGAUUAUUGUCUAAUG